UGGAGCAUGUCCCAGAAGAUGCGGAUCCUCACCUAUUCAGCAACAAUCUCAAGAUGUUUUUGGGCACGGAGAUUCCCAUUGAAGCCUCCUCUCAUCUCCUUACAAAGAAUAGAAUUCCUUCACACAUCCCCAGUCUUGGGAAUCAUCCAGCGAAAGAAGUGGAAUGAAAAGAAAAUACGGGACAUGGACAAGCUUCCUGAUGACUACACACUCAUCUAUAGGAAUCCCAUGUACAACUACGUCACGGCAGUUACCUACAUCACUUCUGGAAGCUUCCUGGCGAUUGGGAUCUUUGCUGCUCAUGCUCUCAUUACGGGGGAACUAUCGUUUGAUGCUCAAAACAUCGAAAAUACUGUGGUUGGUCCGCUAACCAGUGAUAUUACGGAAGUCUACAUAAUGGGAGGAUUCUUUAUCCUUAUGAAUGUAAUCCUGAGGAUAACGCUCAAUCGUUUCCCGCUGAGGAUCUACAGAAAAGGCCAAGAGUAUUUGGCCAUCUACACCUGGAGACUACCCUUUCGAAACGUAGUCCUGGAUUUUCGUCAAGGAGAUGCAGUUAAAGUCCCAGAGAGAGGGAUUCUGUGGAAAGACAGCCGGUAUACCAUCAAAGGACGCAAGAAUAUCUUGCUAUCUGAGUACUUCAAAGCCCCCAUUGAACUCCACACAAUGCUCACGCCGAUUGAGAAGAAAAAGCUGAAAGAAUAAUGUUUUAUUCUCCAUAGAAAGUUAAAGCAUUAAAAUAAAAUGAUUUUA